AUGUUCUGGGUUUUCUACAUGAUGUUUUCGAUAUUUCGAUCGCAUCGAAAUCGAUUUUACUGGCGUAAUGGUAAAUUAUAUUUCGUAAAACAAAACCGUCAGCAGCAGCAGCAGCAGCAGCAAGGUCAGAAUCACCUUCAUGCAAGAAGACAAACUCGUGAAGAAGAACAACAAUCGUUCAAUCAAACUAUUCGACAAUGGUUUAUAUUCUACGGUAUUUUAGCUACUAUUAUUGUCGCAAUUCUUCUCUAUCGAUUCAAUAAUCGUCCAAAACUUUCGGAAUAA